GAAUUGCCCAGUUGAAGCUCGAGAUCAUUUCUUAAAUAAAUAUUUGAGACAACUCAACGAAGAUAUAUAUUAUUUCAGAGAGCAAUAUAUUCAGCCCAUUUAUGAUAACACUGCGACUGAAUUAUUUGAAAUAGAAGAACAACAAAGAAAUGAAAGUUUUCUAUUUGCAUCCAGCUCGGAAGGAUCGAAUAAGGAUAUCAACAAAAAACAAUUUGACCACGAAUUGACUAUAUCAAUAGAAAGAAUUUCAACACCAAUUAUCAGCCAGAAAACAUCUGAUCAACCUAACAAUUCACUUGAAAGUCUGUCUAAAUUUGACGAAUUCGCAAAGAAAAGUGCAGAAUUAACAGUGAGAAUACAAAACGAAAUAAACAAAUUAAAAGUAAUGACUACCUUUAACCAAACUGAUGAAUGA